GUUUGGCCGUACGGAUGACACACUGCCACGUUCCAGUACACAUGGCCUAGUCCUCCACGGCACGCGUGCUCGCCUACCCAAUGGCCUACCUAAUCUAAUCGCCUGUUUUGCGUUGCCGCAAUGUGUCACUGAAAAUGCGUUUUUGUUCGCAUGUUUGCGCGUUCAUGAGCGCUUUAGGCUUCUCCCAGCAACGGUCGGACAUGUCCUCGUGAAACCUUGACUUAGGUUGGAGCGGCAGUCUCGCCAGUCGGGUUUUCAAAGGGAUCCGGCGAGCCAUGUGAACAUUCUUGUUUUCUUUCAUCGCUGGCCGCUGUCCCUUAAAACCUUGCAAUGGCAACUCAAGGAAGCGCGUUUGUGGACUGGAGGAAGCAAAUCCUGAAAUCUCUGCAGGACAGAAACGACACGCAGUGCAAGCAGUUCGAAGACAUCAUUGUGUUCAGCACACAACUUUUCGAGCGUGUGGAUUCUCUUCGUGCAAACAAUGUGCAGCUGACUGUGCAGAAGGAACGCUUGCAGCAAGAAAACCUGCAGCUCCAGAUGAACACUGAAUCCAGCCUAGGAAAGCCGCGAGCAGCGCUCGAAACUAAAAUCUACCAGCUUCAGGAGGAGAUGACUGAGUUACUGCGGCACAAGUCUGAGCAUUCGCAACAGUUAAUUGAUGCCAAGAACAGCUUGGAAGAAAAAGAGCGGCAACUGCACCAGAAGGACACAAGGAUCCAGGAGUGUGAGGCAGAGUUGGGCACGCUGAAGCAGACCCUGAACACCACCUUGAAGGAGCUGCAGGACAUGAAGGAUGCCAAUCAGCUCCUGCGGGACGAGCACGAAGCCCUGCAGCUGGCCUACAACAGCCUGGAGCGCAACUUCAGCACCCUCGAGCGGGAUCACCAGGACCUCAUCAAGCGCUGGAUGGCACUCAAAUCACGGGAUGCCGACAAGCUCAACGCAGAAAACGAGCGCAUGCUGCGGCUGAAGCAGGCUCAGGUGAAGCGUGACCUGGAGGAUGCCGCCAGGGAGCCGGUUGUGGUGCCCAACGACAAGGUCGCUCCUGGUCAGCCCAGCCACACCUCCGCAGUCUGGGGCUUGCGCCGCUGGUCACUUGGCGGUGAGGCCCGGUCCACACAUGCUGGACCACCAGCAGGCUCUCACCAGGCAAGGCAUGAUCUAGUGAGGACGGCACCCCACUUGCCCACUGAGGCUACAGAUAUGCCACUCAGGUCGAAACAAGUCCGAAAAAUGAAGCGCACUCGGUCGGUGCCCCCUCUGUGCCUGCAGUCAUUUGUGCCCAAUCGGCUGCUGCUGAAAUUCGAGGCACAUGAUGGUGAAGUGAAUGCAGUGCAGUUCUCGCCUUCUGGCCGUAUCCUGUGCACGGGCGGGGGUGACCGCAAGGUGAAGAUCUGGGAGUUCACCAGGGACCAGGCUCUGCUGAGGGGCACCCUGGGUGGGAGCAAUGCAACGGUCAUGUCUCUGGACAUGGACACUGAGGAGAACCUGGUCCUGGCGGCGUCCAAUGAUUUCUCCAGCAGAGUGUGGACGCUUGGCGACCAGAGACUGCGGCAUACGCUGACUGGCCACAGCCGCAAAGUUCUGGCGGCCAAGUUCCUGGGUGAUACAGGGCGAGUGGCAUCAGGCAGCCAUGAUCGCACCCUCAAGAUCUGGGACCUCCGCAGCCGAGCCUGCAUCCGCACCAUAUUUGCUGGCUCCUCCUGCAAUGACCUGGUGGCCAGUGACAGUGCUGGCACCACCAUCAUCAGUGGCCACUUUGACAAGCGUCUGCGUUUCUGGGACUCGCGGGCAGAGAGCAGUGCCAACGAGAUUGUUCUGGGUGGCUUGAUCAGCUCGCUGGACCUGUCGGCCGACCGCUGCCAGCUGUUGUGCUGCGUGCGCGACGACACCCUCAAGCUGCUGGACGUGCGCAUGAACCAGGUCCUCGUGAGCUUCCAGGAUGACAGCUUCAAGGUGGCCUGUGAUUGGACGAGGGCAAAGUUCAGUCCUGAUGCAAGCUACGUGGCUGUGGGCUCCCACGAUGGAACACUCUUCAUAUGGAACACACAGACAGCUAAACUGGAGAAAAAAUUGAAGGAGAUGGGUUCACCUAUCAUUGCCUGCUCAUGGAAUCCCAGCGGAGAUUACAUCGCCAGCUCGGAUCGGGACAAGAGGAUAUGCGUCUGGUCCCAAGUCUGAGCCCACACCUCUGUGGCUUUCGCAGAUUGGCAGCCAGUGUCCUUCCUGUGCCAUGCUCUCGCUGGUUCUGCUGCUGCCUCAAUCAUUUGCCCCUAUAAAACUGAAGCAGUUUUUUUUAAUAAAGAGGUUGCAUUCCUGGCAA